UUCAAUACAAUACAAGACCUGAGGUUCGCCCUAUCUCCGCUCUCCAUCAGUCUCUGCUCGUGUGAAUAGCAUAACACAGCGCUGAUAAUUGGAUAUCGAAGUUGAGGACUUGGCUUUAAAAUUGAAGUCGACUACCAAAAUUCUAGCUUAACCAAAAACCAUAACAACUCGUAUAGAAGUCGAAAAAGGUCCAAGAAAUAAGAGAAGACGAUGGCGGCGCAAGGAGGGAGCUUGAAGGCCACCUCCAUAAAUGGAGUCAAGAUGUAUACGGUUUCAUCGCAGCAGCGUUCUCUCGCCACCUGGCUUCCCCCCAAGAAACAACGAGCUCUUCGCAAAGACAGAAAUUAUCAGCAAAGAGUUGAGUUGAUUCAGGACUUGAGCUUUGAAACUGCUACAAGUAAAAUCAAAGCAACUCCUGAUGGAGAGUAUGUUAUCGCAUCAGGAAUAUACCCACCUCAAGUUAAAGUGUAUGAGCUAAGAGAAUUGUCUUUAAAGUUUGAAAGACACUUGGAUUCUGAGAUAAUUGAUUUUCAGAUAUUGGAUAGUGACUAUUCAAAGCUUGCAUUUUUAUGUGCUGAUCGUUCUGUUUGCCUACAUGCGAAAUAUGGAAAACAUUACAGCUUGCGGAUUCCAAGGAUGGGAAGGGAUAUUGCAUAUGAUUGCUGGUCAUGUGACUUGCUUUGUGCUGCUUCAUCUCCAGAUUUAUAUCGGAUUAAUUUAGAACAGGGACGAUUUCUAUCCUCACUCAACACGCAAUCACAGGCCCUGAAUAUAGUUAGUCGUAGCAAGCUUCACGGGCUGGUUGCUUGUGGUGGCGAGGAUGGUGCUGUGGAAUGUUUUGAUAUGAGGAUGAGAUCUUCAGUUGGUAGAAUUAAUGCAGUGGCACCUGCUGGUGAUAUUGAUCAGGAGGUCACUGCAUUAGAGUUUGACGAGGAUGGGGGUUUCUUCAUGGCUGUUGGAAGUAGCACUGGGAAGGUAUUGCUUUAUGAUCUGCGAUCCUCACAACCUGUGCGAGUUAAGGAUCAUAUGUAUGGCAGCCCAAUAUUGGACAUUAAGUGGCAUCGAACUCUCAAUUCUGAACGAGAUAUGCUAAUUACUACGGAUAAUCAUAUAGUUAGAAUAUGGGAUCCUGAGACGGGAAAUGGCAUGACAAGCAUUGAACCUACAGCUGGAACGAUAAAUGAUAUAUGUGUAUUCAAUAACAGUGGUUUGAUGUUACUGGCUUUGGACUGCAGCCAGAUACCAUCUUACUUUAUUCCUUCUUUGGGACCUGCUCCUAAGUGGUGCUCUAAUCUUGAAAAUCUAACAGAAGAGCUGGAGGAGAAUGCACAAACAACCAUAUAUGAUGAUUACAAAUUUUUGACAAAAGAAGAUCUUGAAAAAUUGAAUUUGACAAAUUUGAUUGGAACCAAUCUUCUAAGAGCAUACAUGCAUGGCUUCUUCAUUGAUUAUCGGUUGUAUAAGAAGGCAAAAGCAUUGGCAGAUCCUUUUGCCUAUGAAGCUUAUAUAGAGCAGCGGAAACGAGAGAAAUUGGAAGCUCAACUCAAAUCUCGAAUUACGACUAGGAGAAGACUACCCAAGGUCAACCGUGAUCUUGCAGCUAGGAUCCUUGAAAAUGAAGAAGUUGAGAAUGAAAAGAAAGAUGCUGAUGAAAAUGAGACCAAAAAACCAUCAAAGAAAAAGAAAGGACUUAGCAGUGAGUUAUUUCAAGAUGAGAGAUUUGCAUCGUUGUUCAAAAAUAAGGACUUUGAGAUUGAUGAGCAGUCGCGAGAAUAUUUGGCUUUACAUCCACUGGCUUCUGAUUCCAAGAAGCAACCCUCUUUGCUAGAGGAACACUUUGAACCCGUAAUGGAUGAUGAAGAUCAGAAUUUGAGUGAUGAUGCUGCCUCAUCUGAGUCAUCAGAAGAUGAGCCUGGCGAUGAUAAGAGAAAAAUAAAAAAUAAAUCACAAGUUCCAAGAUUAUAUGAAGUGAAGGAUGAGCGGCAUGCAGAGGCAUUCUGGAACAGAGUAUCACUCGCAAAGGAAGAUUCUCUUCCGUUGGGGGAGAGAGUGGCAGCUCUUGGAGAUGACUGGCAAACUUCUGGACUUCCAAACAAUGUGAAGUUGGGACCAGGAGGGUCACGAGAGAUUUCCUUCAUUACAAGAAGCUCAGCCAAGUGCAAGGAGGAUAAGGAAGACACAGAAACAGAAACACGGGGUGCAAAGAGGAGGGGAGUACAGUCAUUAGGUCUAAAGUCCGGUAGAUCAGGAGGGUUUAGAGGUGGCGGAAGAGGGAAUCGGGGGAAGGGCAGAAGAGGCCGACGGUGAACAUGAACACAUCGAUUCAGGUGCAAGUGAUUUCUGACUCGUAUAGCUUUAGCUGCACUUGGUGGCUUCACUGGCACAGCACAACGAUUGAGCUGGUGGCAUUUUAUUCAAUCAAAUUGUACAAGAGAAUGCGAAGGUGCUAGGAUUUUGCUCUUGCCUUUGGUUUUAUCCCAUAUAUACUGGGAAACUUUUUAUUUUUUGAUUAUCAUGUUUUGUUUUAUCCCUUGUAUUUGGAGAGAAACUUGUUUAAAAAAAGGUUGGUGAGAUUGCUAUCAAAAAAGGAGUUGAAGCUUAGCUUGUAUUAUUUUGUAUAGCUAGUUUAUUUGUGUAUUUACAAUUUAUUUUUAACUCA